GGGAGAUUUUCUAGGAUUCCCGCAAGCAGUCGGUCAAUUGAUUGCUGAUUGUUCUUCUGGUUGUUUUAUUUGUUAUUCAGACUAUAGGGAGGCAAGCUAUGGUGUGCUUCAUCUAGUGGACUACUUAUUGGAAGAGAAAAAACUGGACGAGACGCUGAGUUUUCAGUAACUACUGUUCUCGUCGUCAACCAAGAGCUAUACCGUUGGUUUUUUGAUUCUGCGAUCGAUUUGAAGCCUGAAUUGGACAGCGUAGUGCAUUUGGGUUAUUUACAGCGUUUAUAAGAGGCAUGGUUGGUUCCGCUUCGGCACAAGAUGUGUCGGUGGGCAAAUCUAUACAUGUCUUUAGCGCACUGGUAACGCCCCCCGGGCAGGAUGGACACGGUCCUCCGCUGAUAUACAAUUUCAUUGCCGGUGGGCUGGGUGGUAUGAUGGGCGACGGAAGUAUGCAUUCGCUUGAUACAGUCAAAACCCGGCAGCAGGGCGCUCCGAAUGCUGUGAAAUACCACGGUAUGCUAAGGGCAUACUCGACAAUAUUCCGGGAGGAAGGGAUUAGAAAAGGUCUAUACGGUGGCUUUGUCCCAGCGAUGCUUGGAAGUUUACCGGGAACCUCUAUCUUCUUUUUUACUUAUGAGUUUACAAAAAGACAAUUACUCCAGCUUGGAGCGCCAGAGACACCGGCAUAUCUGGCGUCUGGAUUUAUCGGAGAUUUUGCGGCAUCAUUCAUCUACGUACCGUCAGAGGUUUUGAAAACUCGGUUACAGUUACAGGGGCGGUAUAAUAAUCCACAUUUCCAAAGUGGAUACAACUAUAAAGGCACAUUUGAUGCAAUCAAGACUAUCAUUCGUCAGGAAGGAUGGCCCACAUUAUUUUUCGGCUACAAAGCAACGUUAGUGCGAGAUUUACCGUUUUCUGCUUUACAGCUUGCUUUUUAUGAACGAUUCCGAAGCGCUGCGCAAGCUUUAGAAGGCACCGAAAAUCUCGGCUACUGGGAAGAGCUACUGACCGGUGCCGCGGCUGGAGGUAUAUCGGGGGUCAUGACCACUCCAUUAGAUGUUAUCAAAACACGGAUACAGACUCAGUCAGAUGCGCAGCAGCAACCAUCCCAACACCCACCUCAUUCAGACAAGGCUCCAACAGGUGCACAAAGUGCCCAUAAUCUGAACUCGACACAGAGCAAGUCGAUGCAUACUUCUACAAAAGCGCAAAUGUCCGGCGCGUCGCCCAUAAGCGCUUCCCCCGGUGUGGCAAGGAUCGGCUCUGAGAGCACAAUGCAAGCCUUGACUAUGAUCUAUCGAUCCGAGGGGAUCCGAGGGCUGUUUGCUGGAGUGGGACCGAGGUUUGUGUGGACCUCGAUUCAGAGCAGUAUUAUGUUAUUUGCAUACCAGAACAUUCUGAAGGCUCUGACGGGGAUCGAUGAGGAGAUUUCGUUUUAGACUGAUUGAGAGAUGGGUCCAGUGCCCAGCACUUAUAAUGUGCUCGAUAGAUAUCUGUAUAGACUUAUGUUAAUACUUGUUGAAUAUGUACAUAGCAAUACAAAACUCAUCAAAUCUUCAC